AUGUCCUCGCUUCUGAACGAGCAACAUCCAUCGACUGAGCUUCAUGGUUUUUAUGGGUGGACUGAAACGCUCAAGGGCGUCUACUAUGGACCAGGCAGUAUUGAAACAUCUCUGCCCAAGCUUCGUAGCCUUAUCGGUGGCACCAAAGCUCUGAUCGUGACAGGCAAGAGCCUGCACAACAAGACCGACGUUAUCAAGAAGGUUGAAGCACUCCUCAAACGGGAUGACGCGUACGGAGGGACCUUCUACGACAUAGGCGAGCAUGCACCCAUCGCGGGCAUACGUGCAGGCGUAGAAGCUUUCCGCAAAGCAGGCGCCGAUCACAUCGUAUCUGUCGGCGGUGGCAGCCCAAUCGAUGCGAGUAAAGCUAUCCUCUACAUGCUCCGCAAAGAGGACGGCGGGUCCGGAGAACUUCUGCGCCAAAUCGCCGUUCCGACUACGCUCAGUGCAGCUGAGUAUACGAUUGGCGCUGGAUUCACCAACGAGAAGGGUGUCAAGGAUAGCGUCAACGAUCCGGCGCUCGCACCUGCCGGUAUCAUUCUCGAUGCGGAAUUGACGCUCGCGACACCUGAGCGUCUGUGGCUCUCAACCGGCAUGCGUGCCGUUGACCAUGCUGUAGAGAACCUUUAUCGCCCUCAAGUGAUACCACCCAUGAAGGCGCUGAUGUAUCAGGCCUUGUACGAUUUGUUCACGUAUCUCCCGCAGUCCAAGGCAAAUCCCCAAGACGUUGCUAUUCGCCAGAAACUGCAGUUGGCGAGCUGGAUGAGCCUGUGGCCUAUGCGCAUGGAGAAGUACUCGGCUAUCGGGUUGAGUCAUGCUCUCGGGCAUAAGCUCGGUGCGGCGUACUCUAUUCCUCAUGGGAUAACCUCAUGCCUCACUCUCGCACCCGUAGUGCGCCUCAAGGCACGCCACGCCUCGCAAGAGGAUAAAGAAUGGCUUGCGGGAGCACUCUUCUAUCUUCGUCAAACGCCUACCGGCAGUAUUGAUGGCGAUGUGGCGCGACUCGCCGACCUUAUUGAGAAGCUGGUCAUUGAUCUUGGUCUCGAGAGCACGCUUACGGAGUACAACGUCCCUCGCGACCACGCUCCGCAGAUCGCCGAGAAAGCGAUGGGAGGCCAAUCUGACAAGACGUACCCUGACGUUGUAAAGCUUCUUGAGGGUCUAUACGUGUAA